AUGCCCCUCUGUCAACGUUGUUCCCUCCUUACGAUUGAGGAACUGGUUGAGAACUUUGUGCUCUUCCACCCGAACCUCAGCGCGUUGAAGGCAAGCGCCGAAAAUGGAUGCGACUUCUGUUCGCUGUGCUGGAGCACACUCUACAAAUCCACCAUUCAUACGCAGUUAGACAGUCUUCUCCGGGGUGAAUCUGCCUGGCCCGAAGGAGAGAAAUGGACUCCAUCGAUAUGGCUAUACGGUGGCCACUUCAUUUUUAACGGUUCGUCCGGGACUUACAUCGAUGUUAGCUGUGGGCAGCCCUAUGUUGACGGAAUUUUGUCAUGGGGCGAGCGGGGGCCAGAUUCCAACCCGCUUCCUAGCGUGAGGGAAAGGCUGGAGGUCUACGAGUUACCAGGAAGUCCUUCCAAGUACCGCCUUCGUGGGAGACGCAGCACAACGGACCAGAACCCCGAGUUUUACAUCCAAAUGAUCCAACAGUGGUUAAACAAUUGCUGUACGAAUCACCGGCGAUGCGACAUCAGCCCAGACUACGCCAUGCCCACGAGGAUAAUUGAUGUCGGCGAUUCUGCCAACGGGAAACCUGUGCGCCUCGUAUCGACGCAGGGCAUUCGUAACAAAUAUGUCGCCUUGUCGUACUGCUGGGGUGUGAUUGCGACCGAUAUAUUGACGCUCACUUCCAACACUUACGACUCCAUGAUGAAAGGAAUCGUGGAAUCGCAACUGGCAACAGCCCACCAAGAAGUCAUAUCUCUCACUCGCACACUCGGGAUGCAAUACGUCUGGAUCGACGCAUUGUGCAUUAUACAAGGCGAUGUUGCGGACUGGGAGCGCGAGUCAAGGACCAUGGCGCAGGUCUACGGCAACGCGACUCUCACCGUCAUCGCAGGACGAUCUGCAGACUCGAGGAAAAGCUUUGUUCCUAACAAUCUUGCAUCUUCGACGAGGCCUCGGUCGUGUCAACUGCCGAUAGAUGCAUCCGGAAACGCGGGGACUUUGGUGGUAGACCUGCCGAGGUCAGUCGAUGUAGGCCCUGUCUAUACUCGAGGAUGGUGCUUCCAGGAGAGGUUGAGCGGCCGACGGUGCGUCAUAUUUGGGGAAGAGCAGCUUCGAUUCAUGUGCGUGACAGACUCUUCCUUUGAGAAUGGUAGACAUGAACCGAACAAGACUCGCCCUUUGUUCCUACAGCCCUCCACGGCCAACACAUCGUCCAAAGAUCCACAAGCAUUGAAGGAGCGGACUUUGCGAGAGUGGUACCUGGCCAUGGAAGUCUUCGUCACAUGCAGCUUGUCUAAUCCACAUGACAUAUUCGCCGCCAUCACCGCCCUCGCUCAACCAGCCGCCCGCAUUCUCAAGUCUCGCUAUCUCGCCGGUAUAUGGGAAUGCGAUCUUGUGCGUGGUCUUCUGUGGAGACCCUGCUAUACCUUUCAAGCUGGUUCGAAAGGCAAAAUCCCCGUGACGCGGCCAAAGGCGACGAGACUUACCAGCGGAUCUGGACCAGUCGUGCGUGCGCCGUCGUGGUCUUGGGCCGCUGUCGAAGGGCCCGUCGCGCAAGAUCAAUGGGAACCGACUCGUAUCAAGAAACACAGAGAUCCAGCAUUUAAAAGAGUCCGACCCAAGACCGUGGAUCCGGACCGAUGGUCUGACGAUACGCAGUGCGACGUAGAUGCGCUACACAUGCCAGUUUGCGAGCUGCAGCUUAUAGGGCACGUGGCCGAAGCAGAAGUGCUGCACGAUCUGGUGUCGACCUAUUCGACACCGACGAAGAACUGGCGACAAUCUCGCAUGCCGGAUGAACACGGAGUUUUACUUGCGGGCAAAUCCAACCUGUGCAAGACAGAAGACGAACCCUUGGGACAUGUCGUCGCGGUCGGGUUCUUCGACGUGCGUGCUGAGAGGGCCGGGGUCGAGAGCGUUUGGGUUUUGCCGCUUGUGCGGGAUCGAGGUUUGAUCUUGAAAAGAAAUGCUGACGGUAAGUUUAGUCGGAUUGGGUGGUGCUAUGUGCAAAAGGACGAAUGGUUUACAGGGCAGGACGAAGUUGAGGUGUGUCUGUGUUAG